CAGGGCAGUGCAGGCCAGGCGUUUAGAUUCCUGGGCGCCAGCUGCCUGGACCUGGAACUACGGCCCCCCAAGCACCCUCUGCACUGAGAAGCGCUUCCAACAUGAGCAGGCUCCUCCUGGUCACCAUCCUGGUGGCUGUGCUGCUGCAGGAGGCAGGCACGGCCUCAGUAUCCCAGGUCCUCUUCAAGACCAAAGGCAGAGGCAGGGCCCUGGAGCAGCACACAGAGGUGGUCUGGGGUGCCCGAGCCGUGGAGCCUCCGGAGGAAGAUGACCAGCUCAUGCGACUGCUCCUCUCACUGACACUGGCCCCCAUCCAGGAAAAGCAGCAAGGCACCAAGGGCCGGGCAGGAACGAAGGAUAUCCUGGGUGGCCUCCGGAGCCCCAGGAGGGGCCCUGAGCCCGACUAUGACAGCUUGUACCAUCCCCCACCUGAGGAGGCCCAGGAGGAGGCAGGGCCCCGGUCUCAGGUGCUGCUGUCGCGCCAGGUGCUUCGGGGACCAGAGGAGGAUCGAGACCACAUCUACCACACUAGCGGGGACUCCUGAGGGUGCUGACUCCUCCCCAAUGGGAAAAAUAAACUGCAAAGAGGCCAAGUGUUUCUUACGAACAGUGAGCAUGGCCCUGGCCUGCUUUGUCUAGGAGACGGGGGUCGUGUCCUACACAUCCAGAGCCCCCGGGGCAGCACACGGCUGACUCUUGGCUCCCCAUACCCAAGUCCAUGUUCCCAGAACUAUCUACUCCCCCUAGGCCUUCUCCUGGCAUGCUGGGAUGGGGCCAGGGGUGUGGCAGAGGUCAGUGGUUGGGACCAGAGAAAUGGAGCCGUGGUGGGCUCCCCACAGAUGGGACCUGAGAACAGAAAGGACUUAAGAGGGGGAAGCAGAGACAAUGGGUGCUCAGCUGGACAGGUGAACAAUGGACAGGUGCCUAAGUGAACUAGUGGACAGGUGCACAAUGAACGGGUGCUCAAGUGAACUAGUGGACAGGUGCACAAUGAACGGGUGCUCAAGUGAACUAGUGGACGGGUGCACAAUGAACGGGUGCUCAAGUGAACUAGUGGACGGGUGCACAAUGAACGGGUGCUCAAGUGAACUAGUGGACGGGUGCACAAUGAACGGGUGCCUAAGUGAACUAGUGGACAGGUGCACAAUGAACGGGUGCUCAAGUGAACUAGUGGACAGGUGCACAAUGAACGGGUGCUCAAGUGAACUAGUGGACAGGUGCACAGGUGAACGAGUGAACAGGCGCUUAAGUGAACUAGUGGACAGGUGCUCAGAUGCACAGAUGAACAAAUGGACAAGUGCUUAGGUGCACAGGUGAACCCAGGUUUGUCCAGGUGACCUCUGGUGUCCUAGAGCUUCCUGAGUCCCCCAGCAGGUCCCAAACUCCCUGGAGGAGUAGAGCGGCAGGCCUCAUCCUGAGAUGCGCUGCUGGACAGGUUACAUGGUCAUGGCCUCAGAGCACCCCACAAGGCAGGAGCUUUGUCACCCCCACGUUACCUAUGCGGAGACUGAGGUCUGGACAGUGACCUGCUCGGGGUCCUGCCCCCAUAGGGGCAGAGUGGGUCCCAGCCUCAUCAGUGUGCACCCCACCUGCCAUCCUGCUAAGAACAGGGUGGGCAUGCUGAACACGCAUGGCCCUGCUCCUGCCCUGGAUCCAAGGAGCAGCAUCUAUGCAGAGGCCCCAGAAUCGUGUCCGGGUCUCAGGCUGCCCGAGUCCUGCAUGGCACAUGCAGGGCUCACAGCCCCACCAAGUCAUUCCUCUGCCAGGUCAGGGAUGGCCACCCCUGAGCAAUUCAGGUCCAGGUGGUUGGGGACCAGGGAGCCCUGAGGAGCUCAGACCCAGGGUGGUGUUUGUGGCCAAGUCUCUCUCUGGCCUUGGAGGAGCCAGGAUCCCCCGUCGGCAUUUCCUCAGACCUGAGGGCACAGCUGUGUGGCAGAGUGCACAAGGAGAGGCAGAAUGAGCUGGGGGUACACUCUGUGCCUUGUGAGGAGGAGGCACAGCAGAGACCACAACCAGCUCAGCUGCCUGCGACCCGAGACCCCGGGGCACAGCCCGAAGAGGCCGGGGAGGUCUGUCACCAACAUUGGGUGUGGCUCCUUUGGGCCCUUUAGGGAAGUCUGGAGUUGGAGAGGCAAGGCUGAGGCCCACGAGGCUGGUGCCCCCCCCUGCAAAGCCCCUCCCCUAAGCUCUCCCCCCUGACUCUCCCUGUCUCUAGAAGGAAACACACCCUUUGGACAGCCCUGAGCUUGGGUUACCCUCUCUGCUCCCCGUGUCACUAGGCAACACUGCUUAUGCAGAGUGACCGCUGGUGGGCGGGUGAUGUUGACUAGGAGGGCAGAAUUGCUUGGUGUGGGCACCCGCCCCCCAGCCCAACACAUUGAAUUGGUGACCAGAAUCACUAAAGGCCCUGGUGCCAAGAGAAAAUGGGCAAGAGACUGAGCAUUCGUGUCACCAGAGAGAACAGACAGAAGGCAAAUAAGCCCAGGAGAAGAUGCUCAGCAUCAUUAAUCAUCAGGGGACACAAACUAAAACCAGAGGGACACCGCGACAGGCCCGCCCGUUAGAGCAGCCGACAGGAAAGACCAGCACGGCGGGACUCUGGUUCCCUGCGGGCAGGGACGUAAACUAGGACAGCUACUUGGAAAACUGUUUCGCAGUUUCUUAGAAAAUUAUGGGUACACUUAACGUAUGGCCCAGCCGUUCCAUUCCUAUGUGUUCAUCCAAGAAAUGAAGGUUCGCGUCCACACAGGCUUGUGUGUGCUCAUCUGUGACAGCCCAAACCCGAAACAGCCCAGCGCCCGCCCACAGGUGAACGCAUAGAACAUUGUGGCAUGUCUGCAUGAUGGAAUACCGCUGGGCAACAAUGGGAAGUUAUCGAUAUGGACAACAGACACAAGUCCCAGAUGGUCACGCUGAGGGAAAGGAGCCAGAGAGGAGCACGCCCGGUACUCCAUUCAUGCAAAAUUCUACCCUUAGUGACAGAAAGCAGACUACGGGGUGGGGGUGCUGCCUGCCUGGUUGGGGAGUGUAGACAAUACCUAAAUGUAUUUCGCUGGGCAUUGUAAGCGUACUGUUUAUUAAGCAUCAAUUAGACCUCAACAAAGCUGUUUAAACAAAGGCCUUCGGGUGGCUAGAAAUGGCCACGGGGUCAGGGUCUGAGGUAAGACCCUGGCAGUGACAGGCCCAGAAUAGGGUUGCUUCCCCAGGCUGAGCCCCAGAUGUCCACGUGGUGGGCUUGUCUGCCCCGCAGGAUCCUUGAUGUCAGGGACGCCUCCCCCAGGCCCUGAGGGAUCUAGAGGCUGGGAGCCCCGGUCACCCCAGCUCCUGCACCCAUGUGUCCGUAGGAAGGUCUGGAGGGGCGGGGGGGAGGCCCUCAGAGAGACUUUGGGGUCAGAGACACUGGCGGGUGGAAAUCCCUCCCCAGUCAGAGCAGUCCAAGCCUCAUGCCGGGAAGCUGUCGCAGCCUUGCAGGCACCCCUCCUGACUGGCCCUCCACCUGGGCACUGGGUGUUCUCCUGUCCUUGAUCCCUGUUUCCCAGGACAGUUCAGGCUCUUGGGCAUUUGGGAGGAACUCAGCCACCAGGCAGCUCAAGCCCUACACCCCGCCCUUGCUAGCACCCCGACACACGGUCACCUCCCAGAGCAUCCAGACCAGCAGUCACCACCUGCCCUCCUGCCUCUGGGGCUGAAGGAACAGCCUAGGGCCCUCUUCAAGGACCAUCUGAGUGUCUGCAGCCCAGGGGACUGAUGCAGAAGCCCCACCCCACUCAGAGCUGCCUGGGCAACCACUGUACCCACUCCUGGCCUCCUGCAGUACCCUGUGUGGCCACACCCCCGCCCAGGCCCUCAGGUCACAGCCCAGGCCCCCAGGUCACUG